AUGGCGAUGAACAAUGGGGACGUGUUGAUGCUGGAGGCGGCGCCGGAAGCUGCGAGGCCCUGGGCUAGCGCGGCGAACGCAGAAGUUAUCGAUGCGCUUCCUUAUAUCGACGAUGACUACGGCAAUCCACAGAUUAAGUCGGAGGUCGACCGCUUGGUGGAGGAAGAGAUGCGUCGGAGCUCUAGGAAACCGGCUGAUUUUCUCAAGGAGCUUCCUCCUCUUCCCAAGUUCGAUUUCGAGAACUGCCCAGUACUUGGCAAAGAGUAUGAGCGUGUUCGAGCUGGGAAGCCUCCAGUGAGGAUCGAUUUUGAAUCCAGAUACAAGCUUGAAAUGCCACCUCCUAGCAAGAAAAACGAUGAUGCUGCCUGGAAGCAGUAUCUUCAGAAGAAUCAACGGUCACUGCAACAGAAGAUGAUCGAGCUUGAGAAUUUGGAAUUGAUGUCAAAACAUGGCCCCGAGCUUUGGAGACAGAACAAUCAUCGACUGGAAGUAUAUCUGACCAGAAUGCAAAGACUAGCUCAGGAGCAGAACGAGGAAAUUGAAAAAGUAAAUCGUGAAAGGAAGUAUCAUCAGCAAACCACAGCGUACGAGCUCAAUGCUCUAUCUCAGGAAUGGAGACAGCUCUGUGUGAAGAAUAUGGAGAUUCAGUCUGCUUGUGCUGUGCUUGAAACACAAAUCGAUUCGUUCAAAAGAGAAGCUGCUGAAAGGGGAUGGAACUUAGAAGAGAAACUAGAGAGCCUCAAGCCGCUUCAACCGCAGUGA